AUGAUCGAAUGGUUCCCAGAGAUCAACUGGAUGCGCAGCAUCCUCACCCUCCUAAUCAGCACCAUCCUCCUCCUAUACUGGUACACCCGAAUUCCCUCCUCCAUGCCCCGGAACAUCCCCACCGUACCAAUCUAUAUCUCCCUCCUUGGUCUCUGGUCCGACAUGGGCCAAGACACAAUAUACGACCGCUGGCUCCGACAACCACUCGAAACCCACGGCGCGGUCAAGAUCUGGUUCGCCGGACGAUGGAACGUGCUCGCCACGCGGCCACGAUUUUUAGUAGACAUGUUCCGACACGAAGAUGUCUACGCCAAGGCAGGCAGUCAGAAGAAGAUCCCGUGGAGUGUCAUUGCGGCGCUGGUGGGGGAUAAUAUUAUUAAUAGUCAUGGAGAGAACUGGCGGUUGUAUACGUCUAUUAUGAAGCCGGGGUUACAGAGGAGGAUUACCGAUUCGGGGCCUUUGUUGGAGAAGUCGAGGAAGUUUGUGGAUGUUCUGUUAGAGGAACAGGGGAGACUUGGUGAUGGAAGGGGUGUGCUUGUAAAUCCGAUUAUUCAACGGUGGGCGUUGAGUUGUAUGGGGAUUAGCUUUAUGGGUGUUGAUCUUGAGGCACUAGAACGACCAAACCAACGCCUCGAAGAACUCCAAACAAUCAUCAAAAAGACCCUCUUCAAACCCCUCUUCUUCAACUUCCCCGAUCUAGAUCGAUACCCCUUCCUCUUCCGCCAACGCAAGGCCGCAUUCACCAUCAUGCAAGAAUUCGGCGACCUCCUCUGCACAACAGUCCUCCAACGGACAACACACCAGAAAGGGACAAACCAAAACCCCGACGGCGACCAAGUAGUCGACUACCUCGACCGAGCCCUAAAAGAAAACCGCAUCACAGAAGAACAAUACCGCGCAAACCUAAAAGUAACCUUCCUAACCGCGCACGAAAACGCCCAACAACUCCUCAACUCAACUUUCUGGGUCCUAGGCACAAACCAAUCCAUCCAGCAAAAACUACGAGCCGAGAUCCUGGCCACAGGUACAGAAAAUCCAACAACAGACCUAGUCAAUUCCCUACCGUACUUAUUCGCCGUUAUCCUCGAGUUACUCCGUUUAUACCCCCCAGUGUCCCAACUAAUCAACCGCGUAACAACCUCCCAAUCAGUUCUAGGAGGCGAAAUCACUAUUCCAAAUCAUACAUGGGUAGGCUGGAAUGCCUUUGGCGCACACACGGAUCCGAAUAUUUGGGGAAACGAUUGUCGAGAAUUUAUUCCGGAACGAUGGGGGAGUGAUGUUAAGAGUAUUCAGGGUGCUGUAAGGAGUAAGACGACGCAGUGUCAUUUUAUUGCGUUUAAUGCGCAUUCGAGGAAAUGUUUGGGGCAGGGGUUUGCGGUGCUGCAGGUGAAGAUUUUGUUGUUUGAGAUGGUGAGGAGGAUUGAGUGGGUUGUUGAUCCGGGGUAUGAGUUGAAGUUGACUUCUGGAGGGAUUAUGGCUCCGUUGGGACUUCGUGCUAUCGUGCGGGAGAGGGAGAACGGGGGAUUGGACAGGGAGGAAGAAUGGGAAGAUCUGAGUGAGGUACAGUGCAUGGUAUUUCUGAACUAG